AUGGAGAGGCUCCAAACCACUAGCACCUCUUCGCUUUGCAUCUCCAUCACAACCUCAUCUAUCUCCAUCUCCACUGGAAUUCCUGCACUGCAGCACAAUCGUGCCAAGCCACAUGAAUUCAUAGACUAUAUCAAAGCUUUCAAAUAUGGAGUAGCACGCCAAAAGACCUUCUGUGUCUUCCUCGUCACGCCGUCUUAUGCGCAACACUUACUCGACGAUGACUUCCUCCAUGAAGCUCUCAAGAAAAUAUACUACAACACGCGCCACGAAAAAGGUUUCCGUGUAGAUGCCUUGUGUGCCGUCGUAGACAAGCUUCCCAUCCGUAGAUUCAAGUACCGAGACCGAGACGAAGAGCUAUCGCGACGUGCCACCGAGCCACCUACUGCUGGAACUGGGCUCGAGGGAAUGACUUACGUAUUGCUUACGCCUGCUGACUCUGUGUCAUCCCAGAGUCUUUCGCCGUCAGACAAAGGUGCCAUCGAUUUCAUAUUUGCGCAACAUGUCUUCAACGACACCACCUAUCAAGAUACACUACGAUUACCUCUCUCGAAUACUGUUUUUCAGACGGGUAUGCCAUCAACCAUGAUCCUCUCGACUUGGAAGAAUCUCGGUGAGGGUCAAGGGUUGAUUCUGGAGUCCAAGAGGAACGUUUCUCAUCACGGCAUCCGUCUGAUUGAGCAAGUAGGACAUGGUGCAACACUUCCUCCCGUUCUCAACGUACCCCUGAUCCCGCUAACAAUGCCGCGCUUGGUUGAAGGGUGCAUGGGAAAUAUCAUCCGCGGGAUUAUUGGGCCGGAAGGUAAAGCUAUGCAGGCCUCCUCGGAACUUGAAAAUGUCGUUCCUCGUUUUUUCAGAUCGCGGCGACAGCCAGCGCAAGCAACAGUGGCUUGGGCACUCGUGAUCCCCGGAGAACUGAGAACCGUCAUUGCUGCUAGAACGGAUGAGCUCCUCUCUAGCUUGCCAAUGGAAAGUGAAGAUACGCUCUCUAAACAGGAAGAUUCGUGGGAACGUUUGUGGCGCAGCAAUCCACCUCUAUGGAACACGCUCGUGUCCAAGGCGAUUACAGAAGGAGCACGUCUCCAUCGGGUCUUGAGUGGCGGAGGCGGAUGGGGAAAGAAAGCUGGUCUAUUAUCGCUGGAUCCCGUUCCGGCCAAUGAAGCUGCAGAGCCAUCAAAGCACGACGAUUUUCCUAACACAAUCAAUGAUCCGGAAGAUUUUGAGUCGACCCUUACGCCAGUGGUACGAGACGGAGAUUCGAUACAAUUUUUUAUCUCGCCAAAAUCAGAUCUUGAAAAGAUAGCUAAGAAGACUAAUACCCGCAGGCUUGCAAGUCUUGUUCCCAGACGUCAUUGGGGUUGGGAGCUAGGCACUAUCCCUAGCACUAUUGACUCGGUUCCUGGAGAGUCCUGGCAACACCGUCCACGCCCAACAACGAGAAUACAUGUCCAUCAUGGCUUUGGUGCGCUGACCGAAGGGCCGAUGACACUCACGCGGCACUCCCAUGUCAAUAGCGACAAGGACUUCACAGUCAAUGUUACCACGAUCGACGUUCCCUUCUCCCGCCUCUCCGCGUCAACCCACACACGUACACAACCGGAUGCUGGGAUAAAGUAUACUAAGAGAGAGGAUGCUGGGAUAAAGUAUACUAAGAGAGAGGGGAGUCGGAAGAAGGACGUAGAAUUGGUUCGCAAACUCAAAAUAGAAGGACAUGCUACCACCGGUCGACUCCGGGUCCGAACAGCGAAAGCCAUAAUGCGGAGAUUUGAGAAGUCCUUCGAUAAAAACAAGAUGAAACACAGGGAGAUCAUGACAUCGAUUCGACGUCGGCAUGUUCGGUUAACGAUUAUGAGGUUCAAGGCUAUCAUGGUUGAAGCAGCAAACCUGGUGGAAGAGGCUAAUUUUGCCUUGGGAAACAACUAUCAUACGCCCGUAAGGAGGAUCUCCUCCAAGAAGAGAGGGAAAUCAGAAAGACAAAGCCUUGCAGGAAGUGCCUUGAAGAGAGAAGAGACGAAGGCUGGGAAGGCUCCAAGGCCCGAACCAAAACUCCGAAAAGAGAUCAAGGCCGAGAAAGAAAAGAAGGUUCGGCCAGUGUCAUCUAAGACUACCGGAGUACCUAUCCGCAGAUUCCUUUCCUUGGGUACGACUAAAUCCAUUGAGAUCAACAAGAGAGUUCAAUCUGGAGUUCUAGAAGUCUCCCGCCUGACCGAGGAAGCCAGAGCCGCCUUGGCCGCCAUUCAGCAGUACAGACCGAAGAUUCGCAGGAUGCCUGUCUCGAAACUGGCAACGCCGCAAGCUCUGAACCAGACGCUGGGUUAUGCAAUCCAAGAAAUUUUACAUCUGACAGAGGAAGCAAGGACCAUCAUGGCUACCAUUCAACAGCGUAAACGACAGAAUUCUUGGCGCUUCAUACGACGAUGGGGUCAUGAUGCUGAUCUGAUGCCUAUCGGUCCUGGUACUUCGCCCAUGGGUUUAUUGGCGUAUGCGCGCAGAAACUCCCGCACAUGGCAGCUAGGUAUCCAACAUCUUAAGAAGGAGGUCAACAUAAUCAAAACUCGGAUCCGCCAGCGUAAGCGCGCACACCGCAAAUCUGUCACCGGCUCACCACGAAUCACAAAAGAAGAGCGGCUGCGCGUGCGACGAGUAAGGCAUGCCGUGAUCAACGUCGUCCAAUACCCAUCGCGCAGCUGGGUUGUGCGGAAAAAACCAGUUAGUGGGGAGUCUAGCAAGGCUAGGUUGUUGAGGCUGCGGCAGAAGAUUUCAGAGAAGAAGAGUAAGAAAGAGAGGCUUGCACUAACGGUGGAGCAGUGGCUUACAGGCGGUGGUAGUUAUGGUGGAUGA